UGACAUUGACGCUCUGGAAAUGUUGAGUAGCUGCUGAUCUCAGACAGUCGCUGCUCGGUGGAUUCAGCACCACUCGCCCGUGGACAGCUCCCGCUGGACCGCUUUACAUGGACACAACACUCGUUUAUAGUCAUACUGGAAGUUUACAACUUAGAGAGGAAUCUACGGACACCUCACUGCAUGACACACGGACAUAUUCCCUUUGGAAAAGAAUCCAAAUUCACUGUUAACUGAAACUGUGUCGAGUUCGAUCGGGGGUUUGUGUGGAUCUCUGCUGCUGUCUGAAAUCAGAGACAUGGCGACAAACAACACCAAAAACACCGACGGACAAGUUGUGACGGAACUCAACGAGAUCACAACUAACGACAAACCCAAAUCAGAGGACGCCAAACCGGAGAAGAAGAAGAAAGACAUUCCAGAAAGAGAAACUUGGGGUGGGAGAUUUGAUUUUCUCCUGUCAUGUGUGGGCUACGCCAUCGGCCUGGGCAACGUGUGGAGAUUUCCUUAUCUGUGCGGGAAAAACGGCGGAGGGGCUUUCUUGAUUCCUUACUUUUUGACGCUAGUUUUUGCGGGAGUUCCUCUGUUUUUUCUUGAAUGCGCUCUUGGACAAUACACUUCCAUUGGCGGCCUUGGGGUUUGGAAACUAGCUCCAAUGUUCAAAGGUGUUGGUCUUGCGGCUGCUGUUCUCUCAUUCUGGCUGAACAUUUACUACAUUGUCAUCAUUGCCUGGGCCCUGUACUACUUAUACAACUCUUUUACCACUGAGCUUCCAUGGAAAACGUGUAACAAUCCAUGGAACACAGACAGAUGUUAUACAAACUACAGCAUAGUAGACACCACCAAUCUCACCAGUGCUGUCAUGGAGUUUUGGGAACGCAAUGUGCAUCAAAUGACUGAUGGCUUAGAAAAACCUGGUGAAAUUCGUGUUCCACUUGCAAUAACACUGGCCAUUGCCUGGGUCCUCGUGUACUUCUGUAUCUGGAAAGGUGUUAGCUGGACCGGAAAGGUUGUUUACUUCUCUGCCACCUACCCCUACUUCAUGUUGCUCAUUUUGUUUAUCCGUGGAGUGACCCUGCCUGGGGCUAAAGAGGGAAUCUUGUUCUAUAUCACUCCUGAUUUUCAGAAGCUUAAGGAGUCUGAGGUUUGGCUGGAUGCUGCAACACAGAUUUUCUUCUCCUAUGGUUUGGGUCUAGGCUCCCUUAUUGCUCUGGGCAGCUACAACCCUUUCAAUAACAAUGUGUACAGGGAUUCUAUCAUCGUGUGCUGUAUAAAUUCCUUCACUAGUAUGUUUGCUGGAUUUGUGAUUUUCUCUAUUGUGGGCUUCAUGGCACAUGUGACAAAGAGACCAAUUGCUCAUGUAGCUGCAUCCGGUCCUGGUUUGGCAUUUUUAGCUUACCCAGAAGCUGUGACGCAGUUGCCCGUCUCACCAUUGUGGGCUAUUCUCUUCUUCUCCAUGCUGCUGAUGCUGGGAAUCGACAGUCAGUUCUGCACAGUGGAGGGCUUCAUCACUGCUCUGGUGGAUGAGUUCCCGCGGCUGCUCAGGAACAGAAGAGAGAUUUUCAUUGCAUGUGUUUGCAUUGUGUCCUACGCCAUUGGGCUGUCCAAUAUCACACAGGGUGGCCUCUAUGUGUUUAAACUCUUCGACUAUUACUCAGCCAGUGGGAUGUGUCUGCUUUUCCUGGUGUUCUUUGAGUGUAUCUCAAUCUCCUGGUGCUAUGGUGUGAACAAGUUUUAUGAUAACAUCCAGGAAAUGAUUGGAUACAAGCCUUGUAUAUGGUGGAAACUGUGCUGGGUUUUCUUCACCCCUCUAGUUGUUGCUGGUGUGUUCCUCUUCAGCGCGGUGCAAAUGGUUCCUCUUACAAUGAACAACUAUGUGUUCCCUAAAUGGGGACAAGGAGUGGGCUGGCUCAUGGCUUUAUCCUCUAUGGUUCUCAUUCCUGGUUAUAUGGGCUACAUGUUCCUCACCCUGAAGGGGACAUAUAAGGAGCGGCUUAGGAUAAUGCUGCAGCCUCCAGCAGUGAGGCGUGCUCAGGAGAACGGGCCGGAGCAACAGCAGCCUCAGUCACAGCCACAGCUGCCGGAGCAGUCACCGCAGUCACCGCAACCACAGUCACCGCAACAACCGCAGCAACCAGACCAGGCACCGCAGCAACCGCAAUCACCGCAACAACCACAAUCACCGCAACAACCGCAGCAACCGCAACAACCACCGCAGCCGCAGCCACAACCACAGCCGCAGUCUCAGCCACCGGUGCAGGCUGAUAGUUCAUCUCCAACUAACCCUGGCAACGACGCCAAUGUCUAAAAGCAGUAGAGAUGAACCCCAGCAGAGAGCAAUCAAAGAUCAACAACACAGAAGACUUCCAUGUUUAUACAGUAAUAGAAUCAUCUACCUCCAGGGGUCAUAAAUAAUCAAACUAAACAUAAAAUGUGACAAAAAAAAAAAAAAAAAAAAAAAAAACACAAACAAACACACAAUCACUUGCAUUUGAAAAACUUACACAAACUCUGUAAGCUUUCCAAAUGUGAAGCAAAGAGUGUCAGUGUUAAAAAAUGACUUAUACUAUGUAUUAUGUGAAUUUGUCUCUACUAAGGUUAUACUGUGAGUUAGAUUUAAGGACAGUGCAUUGUCUUGCAAUGCAUAAACUAUUUAUGUGAGGUAUAAACAGUUUCUAUGUUGCACUGGGACAAAGCGGGAGUCCGUGAUUAUCAAAGAAAAACUGAUUAUGAUUUUGUGGGUCAUUUGUAAAAACCAAGGUGCAUCAAGCAAGCCCUGUGUCCGAAGCACAAUGAAUUUUUAUUCGGUAGAGCCCUUGGAUGACCCAUUAUAUGUUGUUGAAUAUUUUUGUUGAGAGAGACUGUUACUAUAUGUUACUUUUUUUUCUUUUCUGAGCUAAAAAAGAGAAAAUACUUGUAUGUGAUUUUUAGCUUUGUACUUUAAUGUUGAGACCAAGGACCAAAAUCAUAGACUAAAGCAAAAACGAAUCUAUGCCUGUCAGUGUGUAGUUUGUAAAGCACAGGGUACAAAAAUACCGAAAAUGAGAACACCACAAAACACAGGGUGAACAUUUUUGCAGAUUAUACAGAUUACUGAUGAGUGCUGUCAAUUCAGUGUCCUGUUUACAUGUCCCCUCAGGAAUAUCCGAAAAAAGAAGAAAAAAAAUCUCAGAUAUGUCUCUGACCCUGAGUGCAUAUCAGCUCCUUAAGCCUGUGAUUUAUGUAGUCGCGAUUUGCAUGACCAUUAGUUACUUCAUGUGCCAAAAUGUUGAAUUGUUGCAGUGCUAAAACAAAAUGAACUGCCCUCUCGAUACAAUGGUUUACACUAUACUAUAUUGUGCCAUACCUUUUUGAAAAAGGAUACGAAAUAUUUCUUAAUAACAUAUUUUAAGUAAGUAGCAUAUACUAAAAUAUAUUAGGGCUUUUCUGCCCCUUUUUUCCCCAAAAAAGCAAAAGCACAAAACCUAGAGUACAGAGACUUCUCCGACGACAGGGCAAUGAUGUGCUGACAGUUUCCGUCAAAGGCAGCUACACGUGAAAAGCAUUCGGUCGUGUUAAACAUGUUUACUAAGAGGAGAUACGUACCUACAUAAAAUGUGAAAUGGCUAUGUCCUGUGAGUUUUGUACAAAGAUACUUUACUGCAGUUUUAUCUGGAACUUUAUUGUAAAAUUGUAUUGUGUAAAACAUGUAACUGUGAAUGUCUGUACUCCAUUGAGUUUUUGUCUAAAUGUUGAAAUAUUUGAAAAACAAUUGCUGUUUUCUGCAAUAAUAUUUUGAUCUCUGAAGCACAUAUCUUAUGGAAAUUAUGAGUGAUGAUGAUUAUAAAAAGGAUUAUAAAACAAAUAGGAUUUAUGUCUCGUAAGAAAUAAUAUUGUUUUGUAUAUUUUUAACUGUUACACUGCCUAAAAUUAUAACAUAGGACAUGUAUUUAAAUGGUGUCAUAUGAAAAAGCACGAUUGUUAUGUAAAAUGUAUGAAUAAACAGAAAAUAUUCGUAGUCUAUAA